UUUUGCUCACGCACGCAUUGCAUUAGGAAGAAGAAGCACGUGCUACAAGAAAUAAGCAGGCAAAAAAAGCAAACAAAUUGCAUUUGUUGCAACACAAGCAACAAACAAAACUUUCACAACAGCAAACUGCUCGAGCAUAAUUUCCAACGUAGCUGUUCGCUUGCGUAUGCAAAAGAUUGAAGAUUGAAGCAUAGAAAAGAUUUGCCAUUGCCAUGGUGCCCAUUGGAGCCGUGCACACUGGACAUCCCGGCGUUGUGCAUCAGCAGCCGCCGCAGCCGAUGCCAACAGCGCCGAGUGGACCAAACACGCUGCAACCGAGCUCAGCGUCAUCGACAUCCUCCAACACACCAUCGAACAAGAGCUCCAUGUCGGUCAAGCCCAAUUAUACGCUGAAAUUUACACUUGCCGGCCACACCAAGGCCGUCUCAGCGGUCAAGUUCAGUCCCAAUGGGGAAUGGCUAGCAAGUUCAUCUGCCGACAAACUGAUCAAAAUCUGGGGUGCCUAUGAUGGUAAAUUUGAGAAGACGAUAUCCGGCCAUAAGUUGGGCAUCAGUGAUGUUGCCUGGUCGUCGGAUUCGCGUCUUCUGGUCAGCGGCAGCGAUGACAAAACGCUCAAGGUCUGGGAGCUGAGCACCGGCAAGAGCCUGAAAACCCUAAAGGGUCACAGCAACUAUGUCUUCUGUUGUAACUUUAAUCCGCAAUCCAAUUUGAUUGUGUCGGGUAGCUUUGAUGAGAGCGUACGCAUUUGGGAUGUACGCACGGGUAAAUGCCUCAAGACUCUGCCCGCCCAUUCGGAUCCUGUGUCGGCGGUACAUUUCAAUCGUGAUGGUUCGCUUAUUGUUAGCUCCAGCUAUGAUGGCCUUUGCCGCAUCUGGGACACGGCUAGCGGACAGUGCCUAAAGACGCUGAUCGAUGAUGACAAUCCGCCCGUUAGCUUUGUCAAAUUCUCGCCCAACGGCAAAUACAUAUUGGCAGCCACACUGGAUAAUACGCUGAAGCUCUGGGAUUAUUCCAAGGGCAAAUGCCUAAAGACCUACACUGGCCACAAGAAUGAGAAGUAUUGCAUAUUUGCCAACUUUUCUGUGACUGGCGGCAAGUGGAUCGUCAGUGGUAGCGAGGACAAUAUGGUUUAUAUUUGGAAUCUUCAAAGCAAAGAGGUAGUACAAAAACUGCAGGGACACACGGACACGGUUCUCUGCACUGCCUGCCAUCCCACGGAAAACAUCAUCGCCUCUGCUGCGCUGGAGAACGACAAGACCAUAAAGCUCUGGAAGUCGGAUACAUAGAGCUGGCGACGUUGAAUCAGCUUAAUAAUUUCACAUAACCCCCGCCCCAUCUCACCACGUAGAUCCCCCUCCCCUCCCUCCCCUCGCUCACUCCUUCCAUACACACCCUCACACAAAACAACCACACAUACAUUUCUUUUAUAAUCUUAUUUUACACUAACAAUUACCUUUAAAUAUCUUUUAUUUGUUUUUUCUUUAAUGGUUAAACGAAGAGAAAUUAUUCUUAACAAAAAAGCUGCUCAGAUUCGCGAUACAAAAGAGAAAAAGAUAAAAACAAACAUUCGAAGAAAGAUUUGCAAGGAAUUUGCAAAAGAUUUGCAUACAAUAAGUUUAAUGUUUAAAUAUUUAUUAGCUACAUGUAUUGGCCACCUAAACAUGUGAAAAUCCUUAAAUUUUUUUUUUUAUUUCCCACACUAAAAAUUAAUUUAAGCUUCUAACGACACACACACACACACGUAAACUCAUACUUACAUGUAAACAAGAGCAACCAGCGUGCAAGAGAAUGUAAAUUUAAAAUAAAAGAAAAAAACAAAACUUAA